AUGCAAUAUCUCUCCUUGUUGAUAAUGACGGCAAUGGAUAACAAUCCGAUGAGACGCCUGUCGGCUACGGGAGACUCGCUGUACAUCAUAUUAGGCGUCCCGAAGACCGCCACCGGGGAUGACAUCAAGAAGAGUUACCGCAGAUCCCUUCAAUUCAUAGUUACCCAUAACUAUCACCCAUUUAUUGACACUUCUCUGUCUCCCUGUGCCUACCAUUAUAUGCCCGACCCGUGUAUGUGCUGUCAAUCGCACGUGUGUUUCGCGGUUACACUAUUGACACCGCAUUUGUCAAACGGAAAUUACGGCUCUCUUGGCCUCUAUAUAGCGGAACAGUUCGGCGAAGAGAAUGUCAACACGUAUUUCGUUUUGACCAGUGGUUGGUGUAAAGCUAUCUUCUUCUGCACAGCAGUCUUCACGUGUUGUUACUGUUGUUGUUGUCUUUGCUGUUGUUUCAACUUCUGUUGCGGCAAAUGUCGACCAAAACAUCCCGAAGAGGAUUACGUUCCAGAUUUGGAUAUCGGCGAAGAGGACGACACGACAAACUUAAAAAAGAACGAAUGGGGAGAAACAGAGACCGAACAGACCAAUGCCUCCACAAUCACUAGUCAACCGCAGGCACCCGUCGAUCCGUGGGCUGAUAAACAGUCGAUUCCCAUUGCAAUGCCGGCGCCCACAGCGGGUGGCGACCCGUGGGCCGCAACUGAGACCACUGGACUCAAAGAUACUCAUCACUCCUCUUAUAUGAGUUCUUAGGGCUUCAGAAAUAUUAAAAUUAUUCCAUUGAAAACCAAUACAAAGCCAUUAAAAUUUAGGCCUAAAUAUGGGUUCAAUCGGAUGCCAGUUCUAAUCGUUCACAUCAUAUGUGUCUAUAAUAAACACAUUAAUUAUAAUAAGUUUUUUGAGUAAAAAUAUGUUUGAUAUGAACAACAGUGGCAUUGAUUGACAUAUUAUAACAGAAAUUCUUAUGUAUUUAUAAAUGUAAUUAUAGCCCAUAUAUAUAAAUGAAUGAGUUUUUUAUAUUAUUAUUAUAUAGUUAUUGAAUGAUUUUAUGUUUUAUUGCAUUCAGUUAGGGCUC